UAAACUGACCCUCAGGAAACCCCAUACUGAAAUACGUGUCCUCACUUUGACUUGAAUCCACCAACAAGAGAAAUGACAGUCAUGAAUCCGGGCAAUGCAAGCAUUCCAAAGUUCUUCAUCCUAUUGGGUUUCUCUGACCAUCCCUGGUUGGAAAUGCCACUCUUCAUAAUGGUGCUUGUGGCUUACAUCUGCACACUAGUGGGAAACAUCUCCAUUAUUGUUGUGUCCAAGGUGGAUCCUCAUCUUGACAGCCCUAUGUACUUCUUCCUUUCCAACCUCUCCUUUCUGGACCUGUGUUUUACCACAACCACCAUCCCUCAGCUGCUGCUGAACCUCUGGGGCCCAGAUAAGUCCAUCAGCUAUGGAGGCUGUGUGGCCCAGUUCUAUGUGUUUCACUUCCUGGGGGCCACGGAAUGCAUCAUCUUGGCGGUCAUGUCCUUGGAUCGGUACAUAGCCAUCUGCAAGCCCUUGAGGUACCCAGCUAUCAUGCAUCAGAGACUCUGUGUCUUCCUAGUGUCUGUGGCAUGGAUAAGUGGUUUGACUAACUCCUUGCUUCAGGCAUCUCUCACUGUCCAACUGCCACUUUGUGGUAACAACAAGGUGGAUGAUUUCCUGUGUGAGAUUCCAGUGAUGAUCAAGAUGUCCUGUGUCGACACCACUUUCAAUGUAACUAUGCUCUCUGUCGUGGGUACAUUCUUUACCCUGGUCCCCUUGUCUCUUAUCCUUGUCUCCUAUGGGUUCAUUGUAACUACAGUGCUCAGAAUUCGUUCAUCAAUGGGAAAGAAGAAGGCCUUCAACACCUGUGGCUCCCAUGUUAUUGUCGUCUCUCUCUUCUACGGGCCAGUAAUAUGCAUGUAUGUGCAACCUUCUGGUACUAACUCCCAGGACAAGAACAAACUCAUGGCCCUGUUCUACAGUCUGCUGACUCCUAUGCUUAACCCUUUUAUUUAUACUUUGAGGAACAAGGACAUGAAAAGGGCAAUAAGGAGACUUCUCCUCCCAUUGAGCUAUCAGGGAAGAGAAUAAGCACUGCU